GCUAUGUUUCUAUAAGUAGCAUCGACAUAGUCUCUUUGCCAUCAUUAGUACCUAGCUAAGCCCAUAGUCCUGAGAAAAACACAAUUAUGGAGGCACUUUCAUCUGUUACCUUCUGGAUUCUUACAGUAAUAAUUGCUUUUACUCCUUUAUGGGUAUGGGUGAAAGUAAAUUCCUUAUGGUUGAAACCAAAGAGAUUGGAAAAGCUUCUAAGAGCACAAGGUCUUGAAGGAGAUCCUUACAAGCUGAAUAACAAUAACUCAAAAGAAACGUAUAUAUUGAAGAUGCAACAUGAAGCUAAAUCAAAACCAUUUGGUAUCUCUAACGAUGUUGCGCCACAGAUCUUCUCGUUGCUCCAUCAAACUGUCCAUAAAUACGGGAAGAAUUCAUUUCUUUGGGAAGGAAGAACACCGAAGGUUAUAAUUACGGAGCCAGAACAAAUAAAAAAUGUGUUUAACAAGAUGCAAGACUUCACGAAACCAAAGUUCAAUUCCAAUGCUAAGUUUUUAUUCGUUGGUUUGACAAGUUAUGAGGGUGAGGAAUGGGCUAAACAUCGGAAGAUAAUAAACCCAGCAUUUCACAUUGACAAAUUGAAAAAUAUGCUACCAGCUUUUCUUGAAAGCAGCCAUGCUAUGAUUGACACGUGGAUGGAUUUGAUGGCAACAAAUGAAUCACGUGAGAUUGAUAUUCAACCUUUCAUUCAAAAUUUAACUUGUGAUGUAAUUUCCAGAGCUGCAUUUGGAAGCAGCUACGAAGAAGGGUCGAAAAUAUUUGAACUCCUAAGAUUGCAAGGGUAUAUUCUAAUUAACACGGGACAUUCACGCAAUCCUAUGCGGUGGUUUCUACCUACAAGUUCAACCAAGAGAAUGAAGAAAACCGAUAAAGAUAUUUAUAAUUUAGUUGAGGGUAUCAUUAAAAAACGAGAGAAAGCCAUGAAGAAUGGAGAGUCCAUCAAUGAUGAUUUAUUAGGCAUACUUAUGGAAUCAUAUAACCUAGAAAGCCAAGGACAUGAAAAAAGUAAGAGUGCUGGAAUGAGCUACAAUGAACUAAUUAAGGAAUGCAAACAAUUUUACAUUGCCGGACAAGAAACCACUUCAUCUUUGUUAGUUUGGACAAUGAUGUUAUUGGCUAGGUAUCCUCAAUGGCAACAACGUGCAAGACAAGAAGUAUUGCAAGUUUUUGGAAACCAAAAUCCAAAUCAUGAAGGGUUAAGUCAACUUAAAAUUGUGACGAUGAUUUUAUACGAGGUUCUGAGGUUAUAUCCACCAACAGUAUACUUUGUUCGAACAGUUAAAAAAAAAAUGAAACUUGGAAAUAUAUCAUUACCUGCAGGAAUAAAUGUUUCCAUACCAAUACUUUUGGUUCACCAAGAUUGUGAAAUUUGGGGUGACGAUGCAAAAGAGUUUAAUCCAGAAAGGUUCUCUGAAGGAAUUGCAAAGGCCACAAAAGGCCAAGUUGCAUUUUUCCCUUUUGGAUGGGGUCCUAGAAUUUGCAUUGGCCAAAAUUUUGCCUUAUUGGAAGCAAAAGUAGUAUUGUCACUACUUCUACAAAAUUUCUCAUUUGAACUUUCUCAAGAUUAUAAGCAUGUUCCCACUGCUAUUCUUUCUUUGCAGCCAAAAUUUGGGGUCCAAAUUCGUCUGCAUAAAUUUUAAUAUCAAUUACAAUUUACAAUAUUUGGUUGAAAAUUAUGUAUGAAACAUGGUUUUAAAAUGUGAUUUUAAUUACGCUGUAAAAUUUUGUAUUAGAGACAAUACGACCAUUGAUGUUUAAAUUGCUUCCGCAAUGCUGUUGCUCAAA